AUGGAUCAAAGGUUGUGCACAAGAGUGCAACUGUUUAUAAGCGGAAGGUCUCUUAAAGACCUUGAUGUAUGGAGUAAAAGUGAUCCUAUCUGCGUCAUUUCUAUGCACGACAAUCAUAACCCUUCACCUAUUGAGGUGGGGAGAACUGAAGUAAUCCAAAAUAAUCUCAACCCUAAUUGAACAACUUCUAUCCCUCUUGAUUAUUAUUUUGAAGUCCAGCAACAUUUAAAUUUCACUGUAUAUGACUAUGAUGGCAGAAAUUACGAAACUAUUGGGACAUAUGAAACAACACUCGGGUAUAUUGUAGGGAAAGGAACUGCGAUAGAAGAUUUGCACGAUAAACGACAUAAUGAUGGGAGAUCUAGAGGGAAAAUCAUUAUCAGGGUAGAAGAAAUAAAGUUUUCGAGGGACAUCAUUUUUAUGCAGCUUUGUGCACAUCAUGUUGACAAAAUGGACACUUUCGGAAAGAGUGAUCCAUUUCUGUUCAUUUAUAGGAUAAGGGAGAAUGGAGAAGCUAUCAAAGUCUGGUCAACUGAGGUAAUUAAAAAUACAUUGGAUCCCAUGUGGAAACCGUUUGAAAUUCCCAGUGAAAAGCUAUGCGGAGGAAAUGAGUUCGUAACUCUGAGGAUUGAAUGCUGGGAUUGGGACAGCAACUCUUCUAAUGAUUUGAUAGGUUACUGCAGCACUAAUUUGCAUGAUCUAUUGCAGCCUGGUUGCCAAUUGCCUAUAAUUAACCCAGAUAAGAAAAAUAAAAAGAAGUACACAAACUCAGGAGUCCUUGAAGUUUUGCAAUGCACAAAGAGGAAGGUGUAUUCUUUUAUUGACUAUUUAAGGGGUGGAACUCAAUUUACAAUGAUGGUGGCUAUAGAUUUUACAGGCAGCAAUGGAGAUUAUACAGACCGUAAUUCGUUGCAUUAUUUGAGUAAUAACGCUCAAAAUGAGUAUGAAAGAGCUAUGUGGGCUGUAGGAAGUAUCCUUGAUAAUUAUGAUAUGAGCAAAAUGUACCCAGUUUUUGGGUUUGGAGGAAAGCCAGAUUGGAUUGGAAAGGUAGAUCAUUGUUUUCCACUUAACGGAAACCCUCAAAAUCCAUUUAUUUUUGGGAUUCCUGGAAUACUUCAGGCUUAUCAUGAAACUUUGCCAAGAGUUCAUUUAUCAGGGCCAACACUAUUCCAGCAUGUAAUCAGGAAUGCAAUGAAUAUAGCUCAAAGCACUCCUCCCGGGCAGUUUUAUCACGUGUUGCUGCUUAUGACUGAUGGAGAAAUACAUGAUAUGGAUAUCACUUUAUCUUUGAUUGUCCAGGCUUCACAAUUACCUUUGAGCAUCAUCAUCGUCGGCCUUGGAAAUGAAGAUUUUAGAAACAUGGAAAUUUUAGACUGUGAUACUGGUCUACUAAGAGACCGCGAAGGAAGACAGGCUUCGCGAGAUAUCGUUCAAUUUGUGCCAUUCAGAAAGUUCGGUGGAAAUCCUUACCUGCUUGCUCAAGAAGUUCUUGCAGAGAUCCCCAAGCAGAUAACAGACUACAUGCAGCGAAUUGGCCACAUCCCUAUUCUCCCUGAAGAAGUUCCUUUAGAAAAUAUUGCCGUCAGCUCCUCAUCUUCUUCCUUUAACCAGACAGAUCCUUAA